CCCACCCAGAGCUAGGCCUCUAAGUGGCCACAACCACUGGGGAAACCACUCCUUUCUGGAUUAUAACCCUGUUAGGUGGUUCCAGUUUUGAAACACCUACAGUCUUAGUUUAGUUCGUUUCCUUUCCCUUUUCCAGGUGUCGCUCAGAUGUGUAAUUAUUCCUCACACCCCAGAACGUUUCCCAUUGUCCUAGGAGCUCCCAAUGUCCUUACUGCCAUUGGGAAGCAGCGACAAGGAGGCGACAGAUGUCUUAUUUUUCAAUGGACAUUCUUAAAGGUGAACCAAGUAUCAGGAUGGCACACGACUCUUCAAAGAAUUUACUUUUUCAGAGGCAAAAGGAGCGGGGCGCACGGUUUCUGGUGCAUUGCUGAUUUCUAAGGCGGGUGAAGCCCGGGAAGAAGUCGGUGAGCUUUCAUUGUCUUAAGUGAUCUGAAAGAAGUUACCCGCGAUCCCCGUUUUCCUACAAACCCAGCUCUCGGAACCAGAGGGGUUGAAAAGCAAACCUCCGGUAUUAUUGUGUCGAUUUCCCAAGGACCGGGGUUCCCAGCGCGGAUCAGAUGAAAAGAUUGGGUCCUCAGGAGUCCUCCCGGCGUUUUAUACUUAAGAGUCCCCAAAGGAUUGCCCGGAUUUGCCGUGAACCAGCAGCUGUCUUUUAUACUUCCACCUCACGUUUUCAAGAAAGUAUUUUGUUUGCGGCGCUGUCCUGUUCCUAACACCGUUCGGGUCUUCCCCGAGCAAACUUCAGCCUCCUCGUUUCAAGUUAUGUCUUUUACCGAGUGUGAUCUCUAAUUGAAAGUUAACGUUUGCUUUUUUGGAUGAGUCUGUGGAGUUUACGUUGUAAGAAGAAAGGGAGCCCGAGACACGAUGAAAGAAAAGUCUAAAAAUGCUGCCCGGACGAGGAGGGAGAAAGAAAACAGCGAGUUUUAUGAACUGGCUAAAUUACUGCCUUUACCCUCAGCCAUCACCUCGCAACUCGACAAAGCGUCCAUCAUCAGACUCACGACCAGCUAUCUCAAAAUGAGAGUGGUCUUUCCAGAAGGGCUUGGCGAGGCGUGGGGCCACACCAGUCGAACCAGCCCCUUGGACAACGUUGGUCGCGAACUCGGCUCUCAUCUACUCCAGACUCUGGAUGGCUUCAUCUUCGUGGUGGCCCCAGAUGGGAAGAUCAUGUACAUUUCAGAGACAGCUUCAGUUCACCUGGGCCUUUCUCAGGUGGAGCUGACUGGGAAUAGCAUCUAUGAGUAUAUCCACCCGGCUGACCACGAUGAGAUGACGGCAGUGCUCACAGCCCAUCAACCCUACCACUCUCACUUCGUCCAGGAGUACGAGAUCGAACGCUCCUUCUUUCUAAGGAUGAAAUGUGUUUUGGCCAAGCGGAAUGCUGGCCUCACCUGCGGUGGCUACAAGGUCAUUCACUGUAGCGGCUACCUGAAGAUCCGCCAGUACAGCCUGGAUAUGUCUCCUUUUGAUGGGUGCUACCAAAAUGUGGGCUUGGUGGCUGUGGGUCACUCCCUGCCUCCGAGCGCUGUUACAGAGAUCAAACUACACAGCAACAUGUUCAUGUUCCGAGCCAGUCUGGACAUGAAGCUAAUUUUCCUGGACUCCAGGGUGGCAGAACUGACUGGAUAUGAACCUCAGGACUUGAUUGAGAAGACACUGUAUCAUCACGUGCAUGGCUGCGACACCUUCCACCUGCGCUGCGCACACCACUUACUGUUGGUGAAGGGACAAGUGACCACCAAGUACUACAGGUUCUUGGCCAAGCAAGGCGGCUGGGUCUGGGUGCAGAGUUACGCCACCAUCGUACACAACAGCCGCUCCUCCAGGCCGCACUGCAUCGUCAGCGUCAACUACGUCCUCACAGACACAGAAUACAAAGGGCUGCAGCUUUCCCUGGACCAGAUAUCAGCCUCUAAGCCCACUUUCUCCUAUACCAGCAGUUCCACACCCACCAUCACUGACAACAGGAAGGGGGCCAAGUCAAGGCUCUCGAGUAGCAAGUCAAAAUCCAGGACCUCCCCCUAUCCCCAGUAUUCGGGAUUCCACACUGAGAGAUCGGAAUCUGACCAUGACAGCCAGUGGGGUGGAAGCCCCCUGACGGAUACUGCCUCCCCACAGCUUCUGGACCCAGAGAGGCCUGGCUCUCAGCACGAGCUGUCCUGUGCGUACAGGCAGUUCCCAGAUCGCAGUUCCCUCUGCUAUGGCUUUGCUCUGGACCAUUCCAGGCUGGUGGAGGACAGGCACUUCCACACCCAAGCCUGCGAGGGAGGGCGGUGCGAGGCAGGCAGGUACUUCCUGGGAGCACCGCCUGCUGGGAGAGAUCCCUGGUGGGGCUCUCGAGCAGCUCUGCCGCUCACCAAGGCCUCGCCAGAGAGCAGAGAAGCCUAUGAGAACAGCAUGCCGCACAUCACCUCUGUCCACAGAAUCCACGGUCGAGGUCACUGGGAUGAAGAUAGUGUGGUCAGCUCUCCAGACCCUGGGUCAGCCAGUGAAUCCGGUGACCGAUACCGCACCGAACAGUAUCAAAAUAGCCCGCAGGAACCUAGCAAAAUUGAAACUCUCAUAAGAGCUACCCAGCAGAUGAUUAAAGAGGAAGAGAACAGAUUACAGCUAAGGAAAGCCCCUCCAGACCAGCUGGCUUCCAUUAACGGAGCUGGGAAAAAACACUCCCUCUGUUUUGCAAACUACCCACAGCCCCCUCCGGCAGGUGAGGUCUGCCACAGCUCCUCUCUUGCCAGCACUUCACCGUGUGACCAUAUCCAGCAGAGAGAGGGCAAGAUGCUCAGCCCUCAUGAAAAUGACUAUGACAACAGUCCCAAUGCACUGUCUCGGAUUAGUAGUCCCAGUUCCGAUCGCAUUACCAAGUCUAGUUUAAUCCUGGCUAAAGACUAUCUACAUUCAGAUAUGUCUCCUCAUCAGGCAGCAGGAGACCAUCCUGCCAUCUCUCCAAACUGUUUCGGCUCCCACCGGCAGUAUUUUGAUAAGCAUGCCUACACAUUAACUGGUUAUGCCCUGGAACAUUUAUAUGACAGCGAGACUAUUAGAAACUAUUCCUUGGGCUGCAAUGGCUCACACUUUGAUGUAACUUCCCAUCUAAGGAUGCAACCAGACCCAGCACAAGGACACAAGGGAACAUCUGUUAUAAUAACCAAUGGAAGUUGAUGUUUUUUCUAAAAUAUUUUGUUCUUCAAGGGUCUCUGAAACAUAUUUAUAGUCUAAUAUACCCCAUUAGCAACAUUUACUAUGCCACAGAUUGCUAGAAACUCUAAGUUAAAUUUUUGGGUUAUUUGAUAUGAGUUCCCGUGAAAUCAAGGAAAACAGAGCCAACAUUCAAAGUUAUACACAGGUAAAUGAGCUAAAACGUAUACAGAAAUUGCCCACGUAUUCUAGAGGAACUAUAAUCGAUAUAUUUGAAUUGAAAAAUACUAAUGCAAAUUACACAUAGAUACCACAUGGAAGGGCUGACGAAUAAAAUCAUUGUGUUGUGACAAUCUAGUAGAACUUAUACACACAGAUCAUAUGCUAGUCACAAACUGCUAUGUACACUUCUCCUGCAUAAAUAUACAAAUGCCUACGUUUCCCUAUCGAUUGCAAAGAAAUAUGAGUUCCCAAAAUAACUAAGGAAGAAUUAGAUGUACCUUGUAUAAACCAAUCUCUUCUUCAUUAUUUCAAACUAGUCCACUCAUUUGGUUCAGGCAUAAAUUAGAGAAAUGGUUCUGGCUGUGGUACACCAAUGUGUUUUUACCUGGUAUCCAUUACAAGCAAUCAGGAAAAGGUGGUUUUCCCACUUGCUUUUGAAUUAGACAUAGACCAGGUUGCAUUGGCACAACAGUAAGGAAUUCUCUAAGUCAUACCACUGAUAUGUUGGGAGAUACAUAAAAAAUGUGGUCUACUUAAUUUUAAGUGGCUCAGUGAAGGAAAAGGCAGAACAGAGCAGAGUGAUACUAAGUCUCCGAACAACUUUUAAGGUGGAGGUAAACAACAUUUUGGCAGCUAGUGUACAAAAGACACUAAAUAAGAAAUUUAAAUCAGUUCACCCAGACAAAAUUCUGGUAAGUACACAAGUAAAGAUCUGUAAAGCACUAUAUGGCAACAGGAGAAGCAUUUGAGAACGUCUCAGAGCACAGCUAGGCCAGUGUGUCAGUGCAUGCAAAGCCUCAGGAGAGAGUCUAAGCUAAAAGCUCAGGCAGAGGGACAAGUGGUUCAAAGAGUGCUUGGGGAAGCCACAGGGAAAAUGUUGACUUUCUUUGCUGUUUGUAAACAAAGAAAACAACCCUCUUGCUCAUACGUCCACGCGGCACGGUAGAAAGUCAAGUGAACUGUAUGCGGAGGUCUCCAUUCUGACCUUGCCUUUCACUUAUUUCCGGGCUCAUAGAGGCAUCACUCACAGUCCGUGGGUCUUGACUAUCUGGUCUGAAAGACAGCUCUUGUCCAUGGUUCUGUGAUUCAUUGGUAUGCUGAAAGUAAACCUGGAAGCAGUUAAAACUGCUAUAAAUUUUCAAGACGGAUGGUUCUAGAUUUUUCCAUUCACAAGCAGAGGUCUAGAUACUUUGUUAUUUAAGUAAGGUGUGGGCUCUCAGGCAGGAAGAGUUACAGGCAACGAACAGCCAAAUGUAGGUGCUAGAAAUUUACGAGAGAAGAAAAAUGAGUAAAAAUUUAUUUGAUACACUGUUCUCUAGUAUUCAAAGAAAAAUGACAUGCAUGGUUAGAAAAGUUUCAUAGAUAAUAUUUUUUAGAAUUCCCAUGCCUGUUACUCUUGCCAUGUUUAAGGAGGAGGGUGGACUUUAUACUUAUGAAAUCAUUACAUAGCAUUGGACACUCAGGGAUUAGUACUGUAUUUUCAUCACUCAACAUGAUCAUUUGGUGACCGUCAAUAUAACAGUAAGUUGAGAGUUGAAUAAUAAGUUGUUUGUACUGAGAGAAGAGGCUACAUAAACUUAAACACUACUUCUUGGGUAUGACAGAACAACAUUGUCAAUGAAAAUGAGGAAGCAUACAAAUCAGUGAGGAAUAUAUUUUAUGUACUUAAAUAUACUUUAAAAAAUAUUCAAGGGAAUAUGAAAAUUAAAAAUUUAAUUCCAUAAGAAAAAUAUUUGAUAAUUUUGAGAAAAUUGUUUAAAAGAAAAUCACAGGACAGAUGAUUUGAAUAAAAUUCCAGCAUGAGGGAGGUUUUCAGGAUGGUGAAGGUUUUACAGAAUUCUAUAGAUCACACACAUAUCUGAUGAAUAUGUAUUUUGGACAGAAAAUCUCUACAAGUAGGUUCUAUUGCUGGGUAGGUAUACAUUAGUGCAUCAGAGAUACCUUGUGAGAGAUGGUUGUCAACUAAAGGAAUUCCAGCAGAGUUUUUAUGUAGAGAAUAAUUCAUACAAGAAUAAAUUGUGUCUCCAUAGACAAAGCCUAAUAAGGAGGAACAGUGCUUCCCAGAAUGCCAUAACUAAUAUUUUUAAAGGAAGAUAGAUUCAUUUAUAUCACAUUUUGAUUAGCAAUUUUAGUAGAUUGGCCCAUUUAAAAUACAUUAACCAUUAAACAAGUGUCAGUUUUGCAGUGACAAUUUUAUAACUGCAUACAAUGCCUCAUAGACUCACAAUAAUAUAUACAUGUAACUUACUUUGUUUUACAGAAUGGCAUGAUUAUUAUAAAUGACCCAAGAUUAAUUGAUCUUUACAAGUAGGUGACUUCUUACUGUUCAUGUAGAUAUAUAAAAUGAACUUGUAACCUACAUUAUUUUGUUCUGUACAGGAACAUAUUUGCUCAUAAAGAAUGUGCCACCUGUCUUAAAAAUGUGGGAUGUAAAAAAAUAUGGGAUGUAAAGUAAAUACAUCCCUAAUAACUUAAUCAAUUAAUAUUAAACUUAAAUUUACUUCAUUUUUAAUCCCUGAUUUUCCUAUCCUUACUAAAAAAUGGAAAGCCUGAGAAGCGCAUUUCCUUCUACCACUUGGGAGAGUCAUAAAAAUCUGUUACAUACAAUUAUACAAGAAUAACACACAUAGUUCCUUAGUCUCUGUGAAGCCCAUUCUAUCUGGAAAUAGUUAGAAUAUCUCUGGUGCUCAUUUGCUUGUUUUACGAAGAUAAAAUUUAAAACUGUGGAUGACCAAUGAAAUAUGUGUUUCCCAAAAUUUCCUUGGGAAAAUUCUGUUAAAAAAAUUAUUUCAGAGAACAUACAGCUGAUGUACUUUCUUUUUGAUAUAUUUUAAAGGUCAGAAACACUGUAGGCCAGACAUUGAUGUGUGCUUCAGCUCCACAAAUCUUUUGACAUCACAUGCAAAAUCUAAUGUGAUAGCUUUUUUUUUUUUUUUUAAAAACUGUACUUGCCUGUGCAAGGCACUACGACAGAACUGAUAGACAUGCAAAACCAGACGGGAUGUAAUAAACGAUUCCUUCAGUGUUUAUACAGAAAACCACUUAUUAUUUCCUGGUUAUAGUUUAUAGGGCUAGAGUAUUCCCAGCGAGUACUGUUUUAGUGCUGUCUGUAUACUGCCUUUGGGCAGAGAAUCCCACUUAAAAUAAGCUUUAAUGAGAUCUCCUAAAAGGACAAUAUGUUCCAUUUCCCUUUCUUUUAUUUAAAUUCGGUUUAAUUUUAAUACAAGAUUACUUGGAAAAUAUGAAUAGAUAUCUUAAAAUAAAAUGAAAUUUCCCUCCAUUCAACAUCUAGGUAAUGUGAUCGUAGAGUUGGCAACUCUCUGAAUACAGACUUGCUAUGUUAUUGCUCUGUAUUUCUCUCUCUCAAACCCUGCUAAUGACUAAGCUAUGAUCUAUUAGUACUAGCGGUGAUUGGGAGUGACAGAGUGAGAACUGAGUACUUGACUGGGAAUCACUCUUCUUACCACUGUGAUAUAGUCAUCCUUGUUAUAAUUUUUGAAUGUCCGGACUUGGGUUCUUGGUUCAUUCAAAUGAUAGGUGUAGGCACACAUCCAACUUUCUGAAUGACUUAUAAAGAAAGUCCUCUAAAUACAUAAUUGAGAAUUCAUGUAAAUGCCAGGUUUUCGUGGAUAAUGAUUUCACUGUAGGUAAAAUCUGUUGGCUAGCUCUUACUGUGAAAAUACAUGGUGCAUCAGACAUGCUAAAUUUUAAGUGGGCGUCAGAACAGCUGUGGAUACAUGCAAGUAUAUCAUAAAUAGAAAAUAUUCUUGGAGGAAAGUUUUGUGUGGUUCUUAUAUCUGUGUGCACAAAGGUUGUACGGGUAGUGCUUAAAUUCAAAAGGUAAGAUGUCACUCAAUUCCAUAUUGUUCAAAAUUCCUUCUCUAAGUUGUGUGCAGAAAGCACACACACACACACACACACAUACACACACACACACACACACGCACACUCUGACUUCUAUCUUACUUGGAGGAUUUAAAAAUGUGCUAUAUGCCAUGUGAAUGUAUGAUGAUUCGCACAAGAAAUUCUAAUUGAUAAUUUUAAUCUAGGCAUUGUGUUUUGUGUUUUGGGAUUUACUGUGUGAGCCUGCGUUCAUUGCCUAGGUAAGAGGACUUUGUCCUAAUCUGCUAAUCCUAGACAUAUCUAGUCAAUUUAUACCCAAUAAUUAUGAUGUGUUUAUAUUUCAAAAGAAAUGAAAUUGGCAUGGACAAAUUUUUUUUUUACAGCAACUGUAACUUCUUUUCAAAGGAACGUAUUUCAAAGAAACAAACCAGAGGCACUUCAAGAAAGAUAAAAUAUUUUAUGCUUGUUUUUUGACUGACAUGAUAUAAAAAGGAUUAUAUUUGUGAGAGAAGAUAUUGGUUCGAAAUUACCCUCUUGCAAUGUAUAGUUUUUAGUGAUAUUGUAGUAUAAAACUUGUAAUCUGAACUUUUACUUUGGAAUGUAAAGUAGGAAAUAAUAGCUAUGUCAAUGAUAUCUUACAAAGUGUCCCCAUUUAUAAUUAUUUAUAUUGUAAAUAGCUUUCUGAAGUAAAAUUGAAGUUAAUGUGCAUAAAAUGUAUUUAUUAUGUGAGGAAUUUUUGGUUUAAAAUAUAGUUACCAAUAUGCA